UUCAACUUAAAGUCAAUCAAUCCUCACAAGUAAAGCAAAUAUAUUCAGAAAAAUGCAGGGCGUUGAAAAAAUGCCAAUUAAAUUGAAUAAUUACAUUGAAGCGCACAAUAAACAGAAGCUUUCAAAGCAUUCUUCCCCAAAUAAAUGAAAAUAUAAGGCGAUCAAAAGAAAAAGGCCCACAGUAUCCACAUACGGAGUAGCAGUAACUCAAAGAAAAAGACUACGACGUCAUAGCCAAAGGACACUAUAUAUUUAAAACAAAUGAUAUACCAAAAAUUACUAGAACAAAACGUACCGAAAUGCUAUGAAGGACAACCAAAACCUUAAAAGAAUAAUGUAAUUUAUGUGCUGUUAAUAAGCCAAAAGGAUAUAUUGUGUGAAAUAAAGAUAUAUUGAAAAGGCACAAAGGAAAAAUAUGUUGAGAUUAUGAAGCGAAAAAAAAUAUUUUGGGUACAUUAGAGAAAAAAAUCUAAACACAAAAAGUGCUUCAAUUGCUUUCUAAGCAUCUACAAAGGAUUUAAAGCAAAUCAAAGUAUUUUAAAAAUUAUAAUGGAUAAAAGGAUAAAAUGACUCUAAUAAAUUUAUGUAUAUAAGCCAGCAGCACUAUUAAAUUUUUCAACAAAUAUAAAAGAAGCCUCAACCUUUUCCAAACACUUAAGUGAACCAAUACUGAUUUGUUUCUACGCACGUAAUGAAGACAUUCCCUCGCACUCUUGCGCUGCAUUUAAAGUUUACUAAAUUGCUUCUAAUUAUUGUUUUCUUAUUAUUGAAUAUUGAUUCCAUAUUAUUGCCCCCAAGGCAAAUACAACUACAUCAAGUUAAAGCUGAAGUUUUCACUUUGGGUUAUUUGACUGGAUCAGAACGCAGCCCGGGUAACUUGGACUAUCAACGACCAGGUAAAACCAUAUCCGGUGCAAUUUCCCUUGCCGUUUCCCAAGUUAAUCAGGGAACACUACAACAGCUUGGACAUAAAUUGGAGUUUAUUGUUGCAGAAACAUUUGGUGAUGAGGUGUCAAGUAUACGCCAAACAGCCUCAUUGUGGACUAAACAAAUAGCAGCAUACAUUGGCCCACAGGAAACAUGUGUACACGAGGGACGCAUGGCUGCUGCUUUUAAUUUACCUAUGAUAUCAUAUUACUGCACAUAUCGUGAUACUUCCAAUAAACAAAAUUUUCCCACGUUUGCUCGCACCCGUCCACCGGAUACCCAAAUAUCAAAAUCGGUUGUGUCACUUUUACUUGCUUUUAACUGGACUGAGGUGUCCUUUCUGUACCUUGAUAAUCCGAAUACACUUUACAAUCCUGUAGCGGAUACUAUUCUCAAUAUACUUCGAAACGCUGGAGUUAAUGUGCGUGACAUACAAACAUGGAAUACAAUUUAUCAUCAUGGUUUCAUGGCCAAUCCUUUCGACGAAUUGGUAGACCGCACUUAUGUCAAUACAAGAAUUUACCUCAUAUUGGGUCACUAUUAUGAACAUAUCGGCCUCAUGGUCAGCCUUCAGCGAAAAGGUUUACUUGCCAAAGGCGAAUACUUUGUUGUCGGAAUCGAUAUCGAACAAUAUGAUCCCUCGUCGCCAGAUAAAUAUUUUCGUGGUUUAUUGCUGGAGAAAAUCGAUAAAAAUGCCGAGUUAGCAUUCCGGUCGUAUCUGGGGAUUUAUCCUACAGCACCGGUGUCGUUUGAACAAUUCGCUAAGGAGGUAAAUAGAUACAUGGAACAACCGCCAUUUAAUUUUCCCAAUCCACUCGGCUAUUUUGGAGGCUCCAAGCAGAUAAGCGCUGAAGCUGCAUAUCUCUACGAUGCUGUUCAUUUGUAUGCAAAUGCCUUAAUAAAAGUUCUUGAAUUAGGAGGCAAACCCAAAAAUGGCACCGCCAUUAUUGCGGCCAUAAAAGGGUCUAAAUACUUAAGCGCAAUGGGUUACCAUGUCUAUGUCGAUGAAAAUGGUGAUGCAGCUGGAAAUUAUACAGUAUUAGCGCAUGGACUAGCGCGCAAUCAUAAAAACAUGACCACUCCCGGUCUGGUACCGGUAGGAACUUUUAGUCAGUCACAAACUGAUAAAUUGCCUGAUCUCAAUUUAUAUGGCAAGAUUCAGUGGGUUGGCGGUAGGCGCCCCGCAGCCGAGCCAAAAUGUGGUUUUGCGGGUGAAAAGUGUAUCAGUUACACUGGUGAAAUUUCAGCAGGUAUUGCCGGUGGCGCCUUGUUGCUCUUGGGUAUCGUUUCAUUGGUUUUAUAUCGAAAUUGGCGUUAUGAACAGGAACUUGAUAGUUUGCUGUGGAAGAUUGAUUUUCGGGAAGUACAAAUGCAUGAAAAUGAGAAGGAAACUACAAAUCAAAAGCAAACUAGAUCGACACAUCCUUUGAUACGCACGAGCCAAGUUAGUCUGAGUUCGAAUCCUGAUGCAGACUUCCGUUACACAACUAUUUUUACGCCCAUCGGCCUGUACAAGGGUCAAUUGUACGCUAUUAAGAAAGUGCGCAAGAAAUGCGUUGAUAUCACACGCGAAAUGAAAAAGGAAUUAAAAUUGCUUCGGGACGCUCGCCAUGACAACAUUUGUGCAUUUAUUGGUGCCUGCACCGAUCCACCGAACAUUUGCGUCAUCACCGAGUACUGCACACGGGGAAGCUUAAAGGACAUACUCGAGAAUGAGGAUGUUAAAUUGGACAACAUGUUUAUCGCUUCAAUGGUAGCUGAUAUUAUUCGUGGCGUCAUUUACUUACACGAAUCUCCCAUUCGAUUUCAUGGAUCACUUUGUACUUCAAAUUGCCUCGUCGAUUCACGCUGGGUCGUUAAACUCACCGAUUUUGGUUUGUUCGCCUUUAAGAAAGGCAGCGAGGACAACUCAACGGAUAUGCAGACCAUGAUUGCCAAGUGUACAAAAUUACUUUACCGAGCUCCCGAAUUAUUAAGACUGGGUCCUGCAUCUUUAGUAAUGGGUACACAAAAAGGUGAUGCUUACUCAUUUGGAAUUUUGCUCUAUGAAAUACAUACACGUCAUGGUCCCUUCGGUGAAACUGGUCUAACCUCCAUGCAGUGUUUACAAAAAGUAUUACAAGUACAGGAUCUUCUAUAUCCAUACCGACCAUCACUUCAACCACUGGAAACGUCUUUUGAUUGUGUGCGAGAAAUAUUACGUGAAUGUUGGUCUGAGCGACCAGAAGAGCGACCAGAUUUUAAGACAAUACGUGCUAAAUUACGUCCACUACGUAAAGGCAUGAAACCUAAUAUAUUUGACAAUAUGAUGUCUAUGAUGGAGAAAUAUGCGAAUAAUUUAGAGGCUUUAGUAGAUGAGCGUACAGAUCAAUUGCAGGAGGAAAAGAAGAAGACUGAUGCAUUACUUUUGGAAAUGUUACCACGACCCGUUGCAGAACAAUUGAAGAAGGGAAAUAAAGUAGAUCCGGAAAGCUAUGAACAAGUAUCAAUAUAUUUCAGCGAUAUUGUCGGCUUUACAGCAAUGUCCGCUGAAAGUACUCCAUUGCAAGUAGUUGAUUUUCUAAAUGAUUUAUAUACUUGUUUUGAUUCUAUCAUUGGGCAUUAUGAUGUGUAUAAAGUGGAGACAAUAGGUGAUGCUUAUAUGGUCGUUUCCGGCUUACCAAUAAGAAAUGGUGAUUUACAUGCAGCCGAAAUUGCAUCUAUGUCGUUGCAUUUACUGAAUGCAGUUUCAGAAUUUAAAAUACGUCAUCGACCUACAAAUAAAUUACUAUUGCGUAUUGGCAUUCAUACUGGACCCGUUUGUGCUGGAGUUGUGGGUUUGAAAAUGCCACGUUAUUGUUUGUUUGGUGACACAGUGAAUACGGCAUCACGCAUGGAGUCCAGUGGUGUACCGCUAAAAAUUCAUUGUAGCUGGCAGUGCAAAGAGUUAUUGGAGAAGUUGGGUGGUUAUCAUUAUCAGGAACGUGGUUUAAUAUCCAUGAAGGGUAAAGGUGAUCAACGUACCUAUUGGUUGCUUGGCGAAGAUGAAGAGGCGCGCGAAAAACGCACCUAUGAACGCUCACAAAGACGUGGUUCUCGUGCUCUCAAUAAAUUUAUACAAGGUACCAUUAAACAAAAUCAAUCAAUUAGUGAUAACGGCAUACGCUCAUCACUGAAAAAUAAAGGUUUGCCGAGAAACUCGUUAACACGUUCUUCGAGUCUAGAAUCACCAAAGAAGCUAAGAUUCGCUACAGGAACUCUUCUGGAACAUCAUAGAUACCAUAGUGAUGAGGCUUUGUUGGAAAUCAUAACUGAUGGUACAGGCAUAACUGUCAGGCGUUCCUCAGGUGCUUCCACACAUUCACGUUAUGAGGAGUCCACAUUAUCUUGCCAAAGCAUUGACGAUUUCACCACCUUACAACGCAAACGUCGACCUUCGUCCUAUCCGACUGCCAAUACGCCGCUGCUAAUAAGUCACAUAGAAACUUGACUAUAAAAAGGUUACAGGAAAUCUUAAAAAGAUAAAUUUAC